AUGAGUAUGAGUAUGGCAUCGGUAGACCAGUUUCUGAACUUUGGGCUGUCGCUAGUGUCUAUGAGGAUAUUUCAGAAGUCGCAGCUGCAGAGCGAAAAGGCGAUAUUUACACUGAGAGUGGUGUAUGUGGUGUCGAAUGUGAUACAGCUUUUGUUUUUUGUGUACAUAAUGCAGAAGAUCAAGAAGACAAAUGAUAGCAGGAUGGUGAAGAUCAGGAAGGAGGUGUCACUUUUCCAGGAGGAGAAUGAUGUUGAGGAGGAGGAGAUGACGUAUGGGCAGUAUGAUAUGCUUGAGCUUAACAAGAUGAAGAAGUCUACAAUGAUACAAUUUUUGGUCGUAUGUGCGCUACAUCUUAAGUUCAAAGCUGUGCAGCCAUUGUUUGUGCAGUCGUUUACGCCGAUCAGGAGUCUUUUCCUGAAUCCUCUGUACAUGGCACAUGUAUGGAAUAGGAAUGUGUUGAGGCCGUUUGAUCUGAACAUGCUGUUCAAGAAGGCCGAGUCGGCGAAGGAGGUCAAGGAGAAAGGCGAGGAGCAGAAAAGCAAAAGGAUUAAGGAGGACUGA